UUAUUUUACUUUAUUUUUUUGAAAGGGGACACCCUUAUGUAAAAUUCUUGGGUCUGUCACUGACUCAAACUGCCCCUCUCAUUAAUUAAAAAGCUCUUCCUACCUUUUAACUGUCAGAUUGAUGUGCCGAGAUCUAAUGGUUGGGACUAAGCACUCCCUAAGUCACCUCUCCAUAAGACCACAACCUGCUCCUAGGAUGGGUUGGGUUUGGCCCGCCCAGCACGGGCCGGGUCGGGUUUGUUGACUUACUCCAUUUGGUUAUGCAUUUCGUGCUCCCCCCCCCCCCCCUCCUUCUCCGGUCUGGAUAGUUCCCUUUCCCCACAUACGCACACAGAGGACGAACGCCGGGAAAGAUACAGAGCAAAAAGUCGGGGAUUAGGGUUUUGAAGGUUGGGAAAUAUAAUCACUGGGGAUGGAAAUAGUGGAGAAGAAGGAGGUGGAGAAUCAUAAUAACGCGCAAUCGAUCUUACCCGGCGAUUCCCUGGCCUCCGACGUUGUCGAUAAAGAGGCAGAAGAGCGCCAAGCGCGUGAACUCAAAGCCGGUUUGCACCCUCUCAAGGUUCUCCUCUUUCCCUCUCUCUCUCUCUCUCUCUCUAUGCUGCUGCGGGUUGGGGUUGCUGUUGAUUAGAAUGAUUUUGCUAUGCCUUUCGAUCACAUGUGAUGUGAGGAAGUGCGUUGGCUAUGUUGGUUGAUUUUUGUUUUUUAUUUUUAUUUUCCCUUCUCUUUUGAAUUUGAGAAGAAUGACGGGCAGAUGAUAUGGAUAAAUUACCCUUGUUUUUUUGCCCAGUCGGAGGACGAAUGAGCUAGCUAAAUGGGAGUCUUACUAUAAGAUUGAAAUUGAGUUAGCUCGCAGGUUCGAGCAUUGCAUAUUUGCAUUGGACUCGGUUUACCUGGUUUUUGUUCUGCCUAACUGACUUCAUGUUCCGUGAGGACAAAUUUUGGAUUGCUAGGAUUGUCUGGGUCAGAUUGUAAACUGGAAUCUCACGGUAUGGUUUAUGAAAUGAUUAUGUUUUGUAUUCGGGGAUGGCAAAAGCUUGGAAGGUUUCAAUCUUUGUCUCGAAGUCUUGUUUAAGUCAUGGGCUUUUUGUAAUUGGGAUUCAGAAGAGACCACAGCUCUGAUAUGUGCUCUCGAAUUCAGAUGUCGUUUGAUGGAUGCUGGUUUGUGAAGUUUAAGCAUCGAAAUUGGAGUCUGAUGCAUUGCUUAUGUGGUUGAUGUGGGAGUUUGAGUGGAUGUCAGGAUUGUCACUGAUAUAUUAGCCUGCUGAAAACUUACACAGUUGCUUCAUCUGUUUUGUCACAGUAUAUGGCUACUUUUCCUUUCUGAAAUAAAUUUCUAUCUGAGUACGGGAUUGUUUAUUGCUGUGUGUGAUCAGUACAAAUAUGUAUUCUGGUAUACUCGCCGAACACCAGGAGUCAGAACACAGACCUCAUAUGAAGACAAUAUAAAGAAAAUUGUUGGUUUCAGUACGGUAAGUUCCUUUCUCCAAUAAAAAAGUUUGAUGUGAUUUAUAUAUAACUAACUGAAGUUCGGUCAUCUCAUUUUUAACCCCUUAUAUUUGUGAUUGGAUUUUCUACGCAGGUUGAAACUUUUUGGGUCUGCUAUUGCCACUUGGCUCGCCCCUCUUCUCUGCCAAGUCCUACGGAUCUGCAUCUUUUCAAGGAGGGUAUUCGCCCUUUGUGGGAGGUAAAGCUUCAUUGCAAGAUCCAUCUGUAGCAUAAGCCAUUGUGUGGGCUAAGUUCCUUGUUUCAUCACCUGCUUUUGGGAAUUGAUAACAGGACAGUGCUAAUUCCAGUGGUGGGAAAUGGAUAAUACGAUUCAAGAAGGUCGUCUCUGGUCGCUUCUGGGAGGAUCUGGUAAGAGCCAAAUUUUCAGGAUCCUUACAUUAUGGUCAAGUAAAGCAUGCAUCAUUUUAUAUAACCAUCCGUAGUUGAGCUAAUAAACUGUCUUUCACUAUUUCAAACCUGUGGACACGCUCCUGUUGCCCCAAUUCAGAUUACGAAAGUGAAAUUGUCUGUCACAUAUUUUAAUCCCUCAGUGACUUCAAAUACUUUGUUCCAUUGAUAACUCACCUCCGAGUCUGAACUUGUGCAUUCAGGUUCUUGCCUUGGUAGGUGACCAACUUGAGUACAGCGAUAGCAUUUGUGGUGCAGUAUUAAGCAUCCGAUUCAAUGAAGAUAUACUGAGCGUAUGGAAUCGGAAUGCAUCUGAUCAUCAGGUUAUUAAUAAUUCUUCCCCUUCCGUUUAUGUAUUCCUUUUUAUCUCUUGAUAUAUCUGAGCAAGUGAAGAAGUCCCCGCUUAUAUGGGAGUGACAAGAGGGGUUGUGUUGUUUAUGCCCUAACUGUGGUUGCUUGGCUAUUGUUUUAGGCUGUGAUAUCUCUGAGAGACUCAAUCAAGAGGCAUUUGAAGCUUCCGCACAGCUACGUGAUGGAGUACAAGCCCCAUGAUGCUUCUCUUCGUGACAACUCAUCUUACAGAAACACAUGGCUGAGUAGAUAGCUUGUAGCGCCAGAAUGGGAAAUGAAAGUGUGGAGAAGCUGUUAUUGUCUUAUCCUCGUGUUAUGCUCCACUUGCAAAACAUGGCCCGAGGAUCCAUAAACUUUGUACUGCCAGACAACCUGUGUAAGGAUGGUGUUCUUGAUCUUCUCGUUGGUUGAACAGUGAAUGACAGUGCUGGUUUUGUUGUCCGAAAAAUGUUUGGUCUUUUUGGUUUGUUCAGAUCAAACUGAAACCGAUAAGCCCCUUAUUUAUUUCGAUUUCUGGAGAAGUGACUGUUUCGAGUUCCAAUUUUUACAGCUUAAUAGUUAGGCUAAGCAAACCCAACCGAGAGCCCUAUUCAGUAAAACAAGAGUAACCAUAUGGUUAAAAGAUUUGACGAACUUAUCCAUGAAUUAGAUUUGAUGAGCUUAUCCAUGAAUCAAGGGAAAAUCAAAUGGGGACAGAUCAAGAUUUAACAUUUAUAUAUUUACUGUGUCCGGAAUCCGAAUGUGAGACUAUUUCACAGGCAGCCCGCUAUCAGGACUUGAAAGAAGCACAGCUGCACAGCUUCUUUAAUCGUCUUCUCCAUGGAUCUUUCUUCAGGGCGCAGUGAACUGUCAACCCUACACAGAUGAUGGAAGGCCGACGAUGCCUGGCACGGUGCAAAUAGACAACAGUUGUUAAGUAUCUAAUGGAAGUAAUUGGCCACAGAACUUGGAAAUGGCAAUCUCGGUUUAUGGAGAGAGAACAUCCGAGUUACCACAAAAUAUACUCUCAACGGAAAAUAUGAUAUUUGUGUAAUGAUAAAUUGAUAAUAUAGUAUAUACGAUUUACAGGAAUUAGGGGUGUCUGUUCGGUUCGGAUAACCGCACCUGAAACACACAAACCCGAAAAAACCCGGAACUGCAUUUGCAUGUAACCCGAAAUGUUUUCUUGUGGGUUUCGGGUACCCGAACCCGAAAAUUGUGUCAGCGGUUUCGGUUCGGUUAGCUUGAACCUGAAAACCGAACGUCCUCCUCCUUGAACACUCCGCCCAACAACAUCUGUUGUUUCAUUCUUAAUUCCAAAACCCCAAUUUCUAUUCCAUUCCUUCUUCUCCUCGCCUCCACUCCCACCAACACCUGCUUGUUACUUUUCAAUUCCUUCUCAUCCUCACCCCAUAAUUGUUCCAACCCCUACCGCACCCUCCUGCUUCAUUGUUGCUUUUGCAUCCUCUGCCACCAUCCCACCACCACGAGAAUUGUUCGGAUCAACGAAGCUAGGAAAGGAAUCGACGAAACCAGGGGAGGAAUUGAAUCUGGGAAACCAUAAAACUAGAUCGGAGAAAGCUUUCGAUGCUGCGCCCGACGUUACGACGUACCCAGAUGCGCCGCCGACGAGGAAAGCUUCGACCUGAACGGAACCAGAUCCGUCGCCCAAUGUUACCCAGUUGCGCUGCCGACGUGGAAAGUUUCGAUCUCGAACAGACCCAGAUGCGCCGCCUGACGUUACCCAACUUCGAUCUCGAACGAAACCAGAUGCGUCGCAGACGUUACACAGAAUCCCAAAUGCGCCGCCUGAAUCGUGGGAGGCUAAACCACCUCUGUACUCACCUCAUUCCUCUGUCAAUGCCUUGAAAUAAAAAGGCUUGAGAGUUUCAGAUGAGAUGAGAAAGUCUCGAAGACUGAAGUCGAAUUGCUAAACCCGAAAGGGCAUAACGCAUAGCUGAGGUCGGUAUCGGGUUUUUCGGGUUCUUAUCGGGUUUCGGGUUACAACGAAACCAAUAAACUGCAUAUUCGAGUUGAAACCGAAAACCCGAACCCGACAACACUAUUAUCGGUUUGGUUUCGGUUAAACCCGAAAACCCAAAACCGAACCGACACCCCUAACAGGAAUACAUAUUCGUCCAACAAGAAAAAUAUAUUCUUAUAAUAGAUAGUAGUAUGAAAUCAAGCCUUCUAGAAUAUGAUAUUUAUGUUAUGAGAAUAUGAUAUUCAUAUUCUUGAAGGCUUGAUGAUAUUUAUAGUAUGAGAAUAUGAUAUUCUUGAAGUUUUGAUUUCAUACUACUAAGUAUCUAUUAUAAGAAUACAUUUUUCUUGUUGGACGAAUAUGUAUUUCUAUAAAUCGUAUACUAUAUU